GCCAGUCCCGAUCAGACCCAGCUCCAGCUCCAACAUCACCAUGUCUCUGACCAGGGCCGAGAGGAACAUCAUCGUGUCCAUGUGGGGCAAGAUUGCCGCACAGGCAGAUGCCAUCGGUACCGAGACCCUGGAGAGGCUCUUCGCCAGCUACCCCCAGACCACGACCUACUUCCCACACUUCGACCUGCACCCAGGCUCUGCGCACCUGCGCUCCCACGGCUCCAAGGUGGUGUCCGCAGUGGGCGACGCGGUCAAGAACAUUGACGACAUCGCCAGCGCCCUGUCCAAGCUGGGCGAGCUGCACGCCUACAUUCUGCGCGUGGACCCUGUCAACUUCAAGCUCCUGGCCCACUGCCUGCUGGUCACGGUGGCCUCGCACUUCCCCGCGGACUUCACGGCCGACGCCCACGCCGCCUGGGACAAGUUCCUGUCCGUUGUGUCCAGCGUCCUGACCGAGAAAUACCGCUGAGCGCAGCCGAGGGACCCCAGAGGACAGGCUGCGCCCUCUGCUUGACCUCUGAGCCCGCCCACUGCUCCUCCCCUAAUUCCCC